UGAAAAGAUGGAAGUGUUUUUACAAAAUAUAGGUGUAGGAUUAAGACCCAUAGAUGAUCCAUUUUUUGAAGAUUCAUACCGGGCUUGCAAAAUUUUUCAACGCAAGGGCGUCACCGUUGAUAUCGAUGAAGAAUUGUGUCACGAACCUAUAAAAGAAUUUCCUUGUUAUGCUACUGGUUGUAUAACCACAUUUAAAACAUUGGUUGAUUUUGAAAUGCACUAUAAUAGUAAUCAUCGUUACGUUUGUUCAGAGUGUAAGAAAUCAUUGCACAAUUCUAGAUUAUUAGACAUUCAUAUUCAAGAAACUCAUGACAGUUUCUUUCAAGUAUUAUCUACAAAACAACCAAUGUAUCAAUGUUAUGUUUCUGAAUGUGACUUAAAAUUUAAUGAUCCAGUUGAGAGAAAGGAUCAUUGUAUAAAUAUACACAUGUUCCCUAAAAAUUUUCGUUUCGAUAAUGCUUCUCAUUCUGUGAAAAAAGAACAAAAAGAUAAAAUGGAAAUCGAUCAGCCUGAGCAUGAAAAGAAACAGCCAAAGAAUAAGAAACCUCAGUUAAAUAAAAAUCAAAAAACUAAAAUGUUUAUGCCUGCAAUGAAAAGCACAGUGCCCGUAAAUUCUAUCAUUAAUGACAGUCCAUCAACUUCCUCAAAACCUACGAAUAAUCCGUCUUCUCUACAUUUUGUUCCCCGACAAGUACAAAAAUCAUAUACAAAGGCACUUACUAAGAAUCAAAGUAAUGAAAAGAAUGUCCUUGAGACAGAAUGUAUGAUGGACCUUGCAGAAUCAUUACCCAAAUGA